CGAAGAGUGGGAAAUAAUUCGGGCGUCGCGACGACCGUGAGAGUCGCGCCGCUACUUCCGAGGAAACAGCAUCCCGGGGGAUAACACCUCGUGACGAUCGUUUUUAGAACGAUCGCUCUGCAGUCUGAUAUGAAUUUUUAUUCGAUAGCAACGUUGCAGAAAUUUAAUAUUGAAAGAUAAACAGGGAGAGAGGCAGCCGAAAUCCCGAGAUGUCGAGGCCAAUCCUCAGCAGGCCGCGCACGUUCAUCUACGGCAGCAACUACGACAAGGGCGAGUCCUAUUACAAGCCCAUGGUCGACCACCUUGACCGGAAGUACAGCGGGCGGCCGUUGUUCCCGGAGCCGAGAAACUCGCUAGCCGACGAGAUCGCGGCGCGCCGUAGCGACAUCGGUUCUCGUAACUUAUCAGGAAAUCGCGAUGAUUUCUAUGACGAGCUGGACUUUUUGCUUGAUAAUCGUGGUCGACCCAUUCAGGAGAAUCCUUACGAGAACGAUUUUGUAAUUACUCAGCGACGUUUCAAGGAACGUGCAGCCGCCGCGUUCGAGGAGGACAUGGCGGAAUUGAGACGCAAGCGGCAAGAUAUGCAGGAUCGCAUCUUCGACGUGAUUGAUCUGAACGCCGAGAUAGAGAAGGCCAAGAGCACGCUGGAGGCCGCCGACAUCGUGUUCCAGCGACACGCGACCAAGUUCGACAACCAGCCAGGCGACGACGAGCAGACGACGUCGCUGGCGCAGAAACUCGACAGAACGGGCAAGAUCGCAAAUGUCGAGCCGGAGAAGCUGAAACCCAGGACCUAUCUGGUGAAAUUGCCCAAAAUACUGGCUGACGAGUCAGAAGCUGUUCAGCCCGCUGCCCAAACAGGACGACAACGCAGAAUCAAUUCGCUAAUCGAUACCGGCGAGAUCGGCGAUCCGCUGGAGACUCUCGCGAUGCAGCCAAUGAAGCGGAGAUUUUUGAAAAGAAAGAAAAGCGUCUCGUUUUAAAGAUCAAAAAUGCUUUUCUAUUUGAUGCUAUACGACGGUGUGCAAAAUCUAAUAUUUGAACCAGAGAUUUAUUAAAAUUUGAAGAAACUUUCGUUCAUUUUAUUAUAUAAUAUUAGAUACCUGUGUAAUUAUUGUUUAAAUUAAAAUUUCAUCCGUUCAAAUCUUGAUCGUUUGAAAUAGAACGAAUAAUGUAUAUCUAUUUGCAUUCUAAAAGUAAUCCUUCAUUUUUAAUUCAAAAACUUUUUCUAUAGAAAAAUUUACCUCAGAUUAAUUUAAAAAAUGUGUCCUUAAUACAUUUUUUGAUAGAUCUAUAUAUAGAUCAGCAUGUCUUCGCAGAGACGCACCAAAAAAAAUCGUGAAGAUAUUUUUAAUAGUUAGAUUCUUAUUAUAUUUUAUCUCCGAUUAUCAACUUACAAUUAUUAAUUGUGUUCAUUUAGUUGAUAGAGAUUCUUCUUUUAUUUCUUGAACUGAUUCUUUGCAAGCAGAUUGUCACUAUCCACCAUGUAUUUUAAAUAGAGAAAUAGUGUAUUUAUAAUAAAUAUUAAAUACUAAAUAA